GCGCCGACCCCCCCGGGCCCAGUUUGCUUUGCUAUGUGAGGAUUGGACAAGGACGGAAAAUAAAAUAGAAGAAUAAUUCGUGUGAGAAAGGCUAUGGACGGUGGGUUCUAGAUAGUGAUUGUGAAAAAACACAAAAGUUGUACAACUUGACGAUCUUUUCCUGCGUUUUCUCCCAUAAAAACCAUUGACGAUAACGUUGAAAAAGAUCUAAUAGGAUGCAGAAUUCAGCCGAUAAUGGCCAAGUGAGAGAACAUCGGAGGCAGGUACCUGAGAAUGGAGCUGAAGUAUCAAAUCCGGCAUUUCGAAAAUUCAACUACACUCUUCUGCAACCGGCUUUCGGUGAACAUAUUAGCGUCCCUUUGGUUAAAUCUAUCAUGCAGAACAUCCUUAGGAAAGCAAAUUCCAGAAGAAAUAAUUCGAGUGGAAGUCUAGCAUAUGUUAAUAAUUUGAGAAAUCAAAUAUUAUACGUUCAUAAACUUAACAUGAAAGCGUUUGAGUUAUCAAGUUGUUAUCCAUAUUCAGACUUCUCUCAAUUAUUGUGCAAGUACGUUUUGGUGGAGUGCGAGAUCCUCAACAAGAACCCACAUUUUCCGGCAAAGAGGAAACUUCAAAUUCAACACAGAAUAUUAAGGUUACUACGUUUUAUCCAUAAUGAAUAUUUCGAAUGCAUAAUAACACCGAAAGGAAAAGAUAUCGCGAAAAUUUCCGCAAAGCCAAUUUUCGACAUCUUCGUCGAACUCAAAUGCAAUCCCCUCGCCAAUUUCGAACUGUUGGAAAGCAUGACGAUCUUGCUUUUGAAAGCGAUUGGUCUGUAUGAGAAGGUUAAAACGUCGAUGAACCAGCAACGCUCGACAGAGGACGGCCCGGAUCCAAAUUUGGCGAUAUUCGCUACCAAUGUUAUAGCAAAAUAUUCUCGCUCUGAACAGCCGAGUGCGUCGUGGGUAACACCGGCAGAUGAUACCAACGAUCAACAUGCGGUUCCAUCGGUUGAUUUGCAACAAGCAACUAAUUCGAGUGGUACCAAUCAACUGGGACCAAGGAAUUUUAAAUGUGAAAACCAAACAAAUAACAAAAAAUCCGGUGAUAAAAAUGAAACGUCCCAAACGAGCAGAGUUGAAGUUGGAGAUAAUAGCAUUAUAAAUUUAUCCAAGUGUAAUAGAUUAGCCAAAAUAGAUGCCUUAAUCGAUUCAGCGAAAAAGAAGAAUGUUGAAGAUCAUCAAGUUCCUUCGAGUUCGAAACGAAUUGUAGAAGGAUUUACGCAAAAGAAAGGAGUUGUUAAAUUAUUCACUAGUCCACAAGUAAUCGAUGAAAUUGAUUUAACUGACGAUGAGAAGAAGAAUGAAAACCAAACAACCAAUUCCGCUUGUCUUCCCACAUCAACAACAACAAAUACAACAAAUAGAUUAUUUAGUAAAAUUAAUUGUUUAGAUGAAAUAGACGCUUUAAUCGACUCGAGAAAACCAAGUAUAACAGACGAUUCGCAAAAUGUUAAGAAAAAGGAAGAUGUCUGUGUGGAAAUUGAUUUAACCAAUGAUACAGAGAAGAAAAAAUGUUUAACCAGAAAUUCCUUAGAUGCAAUAGAUGCUUUAAUCGACUCGAGAAAACAAAGAGUGAAAGACAGUUCGCAAAGAAAGAAAAAACGAAAAGACCUUGCUCUAAAAAAGGUAACGGCUCCGUCUACAUCAAAUAUUGUGCCGGAAUCUCGCUCUAGUGAUAACAAUGAAUCAGUUCCUACGUUAUUAGAUAAUCCACCCAACAUUACCGAACAAUCUUGUUCACCAGUUAGAGGAAAUAUUAGCUCAGAAGUUACUCCAAAUGAUGACGAAACAAGUUCACCAACAUGUAAAAACAACACUAAUGAAUCUAUUUUUGUCGACAAGGCGGAUGAAAUAGUUAAAAGUGGUGUUAAAAGCACAUUUCAAUCAUCAAACGAAAAAUUUUGUGCAGUGAUUAAAAAAUCCGAAAUAGAAGUGAAUCAUCUAACUGACAAUUCCAAAAUAAAUAACAAUGAACCUCAAAAACUAGGAAUCGAAUGCAAUAUCGAGCAACCAAGUAAUGUACCAAGUGCACCAAUAAAAGAUUAUCAAAUGUUUAAUCCCAGCCGCAAUUACAAGAAAACUUACAUCCAGAAUUAUUUCCUCGAACAAAACAACAAGAAGAAGACUGAAGAUUUAUUGUUGCAACAAAAAGUUCAAUUAGAAGCUCUUGAAAAUGUGAAUUUACCAACAAAAGUUCAAGUGGAAGCGCUGGAAAAUGCGAAUUUACCAACAAAAGUUCAAGUAAACAUUUCUGCAGAAGAAAAACUGAAUUCGCCUCAUGCGUUAAGUGAACAAUCAAAAUUAGAUUCUAUAUUGGAAGAAGAUAAAAAUUCUUCGGUUAUAUUAGGAGUCGAAGAAAAUCAUGACCAGGUUAACCAAGAAAAUAAAACAACUCAAGAAGAAGAUAAUAGAGAAAGCUCCGAAAAAAAAUUGAACAAUACACUUGAAGUGAAAGUUGAUACCUUACAAUGCAUGCCUGAAAGUUCACCUAAAAGCCUGGAUUCUGAAACUAUCGAAAAUCUACCUAGUAAUCAAAUCGGUGAAGAAAAAACUGAAAGAUUGUCUACUAAUCUUCAAGAUCUCAAGGACACUGUAGAACAAUUUGUUAAUGAAGAAAGGAAACAUUCUGAUAAUACUUAUCAGACAAAUGAGACCGAAAUAAAGGGUGCCCAAGAUGAACCUACCAACGAAGAAAUUACAUUCAAUGAUGAACCAACCAAUGGAGAAACGAUGGACAAUUGUGAAACUACUUACGAUAAAUCAAUUAAUGGAGAAACUGUCUGCAAUGGACCAAGUAAAGAGGAUACUAAUUGCAAUGAGGCGAAUGGAGAAGUUUUCCACAAUGAGUGUACAACUAAUAAAGAAACUCUCUACAAUGAACAGAUUAAUGGAAAUACUAUCUAUCAACCAAUUACCAGACAAACUCACUAUAUUGAGCCGACUAAUGGAGAAACUGCCUACAAGUUGGCCCAAGUUGACAUUGAAAAUCAUCAGCAGAACAUAAACAAUGUUCGAAAUGGUCUAUUUGUGCUGGCCGAUGCUGCUGAGUUCAAAAGGCACACCGAUGAAAUUUAUCCUCGGAGGAAACGAAACAACAGAAGGCAAAUGGGCGAUAGGCGGGUAACUAGAAGUAGCUCGAAAAGCGAAGAUUCCGAUACGAUUUCGAACUUAUUUAAUUUCACACCGGCCAGAGGCAAUAGGAAAAAGAAUUCUUUGAAAUUUGCUAAAUGCAUAAUCGAAGCGACGAGCGACGAAAUGACAAAUUCCACUCGAAAGAACCUAGUGAUUAAAAAUACCAGGGGUAGGAAACCAAAGGUGACUUUAAAUAACGAUGAUUUUACAUCAUUACCUGUUGUAACGAAUAUUUUUGAGACUCAGAAACCUUCAAAAAUCAGUGUCACUUUGAAAACGACGCCUUGGAACGUUAAAAAGACGAAAAAUAAAACCGAUCAAAAAGUGGACAAAAAUAAUACAAAUACAAGUAAUGGAAACCUACUAAACUGUUUAUCUCUGAAAAAAAAUAAAGGUUCUCCUCAUCAAAAUCAAAUAGAAAGAUUGUCGAAGAUUCUGAAGAACGACACGCCCGUUGCAAAAACCCGAUCUUCUUCGAAGAAGUUACAGCUGCCAGCCGAAGAAAUUUCCUUCGACAAUUUCAUUAAAAAGCAGAAGAAGAGUAAAUACAAAGUAGAUUCGAUGACGAGGAAUUUACUGACAGAGGACAGCCUAGUUAUUUCUCCUGUUCACAACGCUGAACAAAAAACGAAAAACAAACCCAAGGAAAAUCUUAAGAAAUUCCUGCCGACGGACCACAUUGAAAUUGAACCAAAAACUCCAAGUAAAUCAUCGCCCAACAAAAAUCACAAAGGUUUACCUCAUAUUGAUGAAGAUGUUCGAAAUAAAGUUGUUAAAAACCGGCACGGCACAAGAAGUAAAAAUUCACCCACAAAAAUUAAUAAAGAGAAUCGAAACAACAAGAGAAACGUCCAAGAUAUUUCUCCUAAUGCGGUAACACAAAAGCCUGUACAAGACUUACACGAAAAUUUGCUUGAUAACAAAUCAACAUCGCCAGAUUCGCAACAAUUUUCUUUAAAACAACCAAAAAUCAAUGCAGAGUUAGAAAAUGACCGAAAUAUCGUAAAAAUUUUACCGCUCGAAAUCUCACCAGAUUACGAAAUUACUCCGGAGAAAACUAGAAAAAUUUAUUAUUUCGAUCGAUCUGAAAGCGAUUCGAGGGAAGAACAAACAGAACCCUCAACAGAAAAUAAAUUAACUUGUCUUGCAAAUGAAAUAGGUGCUGAAAUUGAAUGUGUAUCCUCAAAAAUAGAAGAAACUCCUCUAAACCACCAGAAAGGUGAUGGUGAAUGCCCGCCAAAUGAAAACGUAAUUAACGAAUGUUCAAUCAAUAGUACGGUUACCGAAGAGGAAACUCGCUAUAAACUACUACCUACAGAAAUACCGCAGGUUGCCAUAUUUAAUCAAUUACCUAUGCAAACAGACCACAACAAUAAGCAUCUUAAAAACGACGAAAUUGUAAAUCUACCCGCAGAAACUUCGCCAGUAUUCCCCAAUACUGAUGAAGACUCGCGAAUUGAUCAACGAGAUAUUUCUUCUACAAAUCAAAUAGAGGUUGAAAGUAACGAAAACUUACAAAUGAACAAUGAAAGUUUACCAAAUUAUCCAAUAAAUAAACAGGAAAUUCAAUAUGAUCGGGUAGAAGAACCUCUUACAGAAACUGACAAUACUCAACGAAAUGUUAAUUUACCUGAAACUGAACCGAACUGUUCUGAAGUUGAUGUAGAAACCAUUGAGUAUGAACCUGGAGCAACUCGACAAGUUGCUUCUUUAAGUGAAAGAGAAGUGCAAAUAGAUGGUAAUAUGAAGCAACAAAGUCCAGCUAACAAUCCGAUCACCGAUGAGGAAAUGGAAGAUGAAUGUACACCUUCAAAUAAACUAGAUACACAAAUAGAUGACAAUGCGGAGGACGAAGAUUUAAUAGAUGCUACAGAAGUAAAUUCGCAGUGUUCGUUAAUUCCUGAAGAAUUAGAAGAUAACGAGAAUAUUAACAAAACUUUACCAACGGAAAUGACACCUUUAACAUCCGAAGAACUAGUUAGUGCAGAAGACAAAAUUAAAUAUUCUUCAAUAGAAAACACAACAAAUGCAGUUUGUGAUGCUGAAGCAAUAUCUUCAUUAGAACCUCAAGAUAAACGAGAAGAUGUGAAUAAAAGCCCACAGGUUGAAGAAAUUGUCGGUGAAAGAAUUGAAACUUCAAUCAUUGAGGAACAAACGGAAAUUAUAAUUUCUGCAACAGAUGAAUCGGAAGAAAAAAUUCAAAAAGAAGAAUCUGGUACUCCCGCAAUUGAGGUAAAAGUAGCUGGCGAAAAACAAAUUUAUGACCAACAAAGUUUCCAACAAGACACGGAAAUUGAAUCUAGUCUUCACACAAAUGUCGAUGAAGCCAAACGUAUACAGGAGGAAUCAGUACAAGAUCAAAUUGAAACUGAAUCUAAUGUUCCCACAAAUGAAGAUGAAUCCCAAAUUGUACAAGGGGAAGAAAUACAAAUUGAAACUGAAUCUAAUGUUCCCACAAAUGAAGAUAAAUCCCAAAUUAUACACGAGGAAGAAAUACAAAUUGAAACUGAAUCUAAUGUUCCCACAAAUGAAGAUAAAUCCCGAAUUAUACACGAGGAAGAAAUACAAAUUGAAACUGAAUCUAAUAUUCCCACAAAUGAAGAUAAAUCCCAAAUUAUACACGAGGAAGAAAUACAAAUUGAAAUUGAAUCUAAUGUUCCCACAAAUGAAGAUGAAUGCCAAAUUAUACACGAGGAAGAAAUACAAAUUGAAAUUGAAUCUAAUGUUCCCACAAAUGAAGAUGAAUCCCAAAUUAUACACGAGGAAGAAAUACAAAUUGAAACUGAAUCUAAUGUUCCCACAAAUGAAGAUGAAUCCCAAAUUAUACACGAGGAAGAAAUACAAAUUAAAACUGAAUCUAAUGUUCCCACAAAUGAAGAUGAAUCCCAAAUUAUACACGAGGAAGAAAUACAAAUUGAAACUGAAUCUAAUGUUCCCACAAAUGAAGAUGAAGCUCCAAAUAUACAGAAGAAAUCAGUACAAAAUCAAAUUGAAGUUGAAAGUCUUCCCAUAAAUGAAGAUGAAUCCCAAAAUAUACAUGAUGAAUCAGUACAAGAUCAAAUUGAAAUUGAAAGUUUCCCCACAAAUGAAGAUGAACCCCGAAAUACACAUUAUGAAUCAGUACAAGGUCAAAUUGAAAUUGAAUGUCUCCCCACAAAUAAAGAUGAACCACAAAAUAUACAAAAGGAAUCAGUACAAGAACUUGAAAUUGAAAGUCUUCCCAAAAAUGAGGAAGAAUCUCAAAAUAUACAAGAGGAAUCCAUAAAAGAUCAAACGGCAAUUGAAAGUGUUCCCACAAAUGAAUCUGAACACCAUAAUACACGGAGGGAAGGGGAAUCAGUACAAGAUCAAAUUGUAAUUCAAUCCAGUAUGCCCACAUAUGAAGAUGAACCCCAAAACAUACAACAAAAUCAAGAGGAACCAGUACAUGACCAAAUUGCAAUUGAAUCCACUGUUGUGGCAUUUGAAGCAGAAUUUAAAAAUGAAUUUACAUCUGCGGCAAAUCAAGGCGAACAAAAAUUGCAAAGUGAUAUGGAAAUCGAAUUUUUCGAUCCAAACGCAUCCGAAAAUCACGAAAUCGUGAAAAUAAAUUUACCAACAGAAACCACUUGUAGCUAUCCGAGCGCAGAACCAUUAGAAGUUGAUAAUCCAUCACAUCGAAAUGAAGAAACCCCUUCGUUAGCUGACCUAGAACUACAAACAGAAGAUAAUAUAAAACCAAAAGUUGAGGAAACUGUAGAUCUUAAUUUGCUCAAAGAAUGUUCAAAUGACUUUGUGGUAGAUUCAAUUGACGAAACUUCUGUAAACGAAGUGGAACUACAAGCAGAAGAUCAUACAAAACCAGAAUUUGAAGAUACAGUACAGAUGGAAACUACACCUGAAGAUGAAAUUAGUUAUGACAACUUAGAAAACGAACAUUCGCUAACAGAAAAAUCGAUUGGUUGUACCACAGAAUUGGAUGUUCCUCCUGUAGACGAAUUAGAUGUACAAAAAGAUGAACUUAAAAGUCCAAAAGUUGAAGAAGCCAUUGAAAGCUCUCCAGAGGAAACAACGCUUAAUUUUCCACUCGCCGAUAAGGAGCAAAAUCAAUCACAAGAGGCUCGUCUAUUAGAAGAAAAUGUACCGAAAGAAGCUAAAUUCAGUUUACCUCAAAAUGGUUUAUCGACUGAAACAAAUUCCGAAAUCCUAGAGGAUAAACCACAAUCAGGACAUUCUGAAGAAAAUGUUGAGACAACGUGUCCAAACGAUGCGGCCGGUAAAAUUGUUAUCCUAUCGAACAUUGUAAUUAGUCCUUCAUCGUGUGAUGAAAUCAUCUCACCAGAAACUGGCCCACCAGAAGAAAGCUCCGAGGACUCGGAGAAGCCCAAACAGAAAAUCUCCACUUCCGAUUUGAUAAAGCGACUGAGGGGUAAGAGUAGAACGAAAAGGAAGACUGCCAGUCACGCUGAUAGUAGCAAGAUUCAUCGCACUGUCGAAAUGCUCGACGGAUCUUUGAGCCUCAAUUCAAAUGAGGUGCUGGAGUCUGAUAACAAAACUCAAUCGGCAAAACCCGAGUCCAGUCCAAAAAUUAUUACUGAAAAUAGUGAUAUCCUGGAAGAAAAAAUCAUCAAGGAAGUCAUACUGGACUUAAGUAAUAAACAAUCUGUUGUAGAAGAAAAAUCCGAAUUAACACCACCGAUUGAAAAUAACGAGCUCUCGACGCACAAAGGAUUCGAAGUAGGCGAAAGUAUUCCAAACAAUGACGAUAAAACGAGCGAGGAGCGUUCAGAAAUCGAUACAAAACCUGAAGAAAAAUACCCCUUCGACCACAUAGAAUCCAAGCACGACAACAUUUUGGAGCAACUGGACGCCCAAAUAAAAAACAUGCAAGGCACCAGGAGUUUCUCGAACGAUCUGACAAACUCCGAUCCGGCUUUCGUCCACGAAGUGGAGCACAUGAUCAACAAACCGGUGACGGAAAGGAAGCGAAAGAGCUCGUCGGAGAACGCGGGACCGUUGUGCAAGAAAUGCAAGCAAACCGCCCCGCCGGUUGCGGACCCGCAGUCGACCAACAAUUUCAACCAACAGCCGUCGUUGUUGUCGAACGUCGGCUGCGAGAAAACCACCAGCGAGAAAUUGCUGCACGACAUCGGCUUGGGGUGCUUGGGCAUAUUCGGGGACAUCACGAUGAUUCCGCACGAUCAGAAUCCGCCUUCGAUAUCCACCGAUAAACCGUUCGUCGAUAGCGAUACGCCGUGGAACAGCAUGAGUUUCAACGCCUGCGACUUGACUAUCAUUCAUGAAAUAACCGAAAAUUUCGACGUGGAGCAUCCCCUCGAUAACGUGGAUAAGGAGCCGUUGGGAAAUGCUUCAGUCAAGGCUGCGACGAACGGAGUGAGCGAUCAUGGAUACAAAACAAGCGAUCCUAUCAUGAGCGGCGGCAAUGAGUUCCAGCAAGAUUUCGACAUGAUAUUCGAAAUCGGCCUGUCCGCCGCCCAACCGGAAUCCUACAAGCGAAAGGAAUCGUACACCGAUUGGGACAUCGAUCCGACGAACAUCAUCGUCUGGGGCGUCGAGGACUCGCCGCUGAAGCACAUCUCCACGUCGCCGCACAUCCCCGACGGCGACUCACAAAUCGACAUCGGCAACGAGGUGGAGGUGCCCUACGACAACAACAGCACCUGUUCCGAUCACAUAUUCGGCACGUUGACCGACAAGCUUCCCAUCGACGCCAUCAUCAACGACGAAACCGUUUCGGAUCCGUGGCACCUGCAGACGCCCGUCGAGAAGAAGCCGAAGACCGAACCGUCGGCCGGCAAGUCGGAAAUCAUCGCGGAACUGGUGAAUUUCCACAAGCGAAAGCAGGCGCAGAACAGGGAGACGAGGGCCGAGUCGUCGUCUAGCCAGGGCAUUCCUUGUCGGCAGAACAACAAGACGAGUCCGAGGAAUUUCAGGAAACCGACUAAGGCUAACAACGGGCCUAAAAGACAGGACGCCGCCGCCCGGGAAAUCGAACGCGACCGUUUCGACGCCCAUCGACUUCUCGACGAGAGGGUUUCUGGUAAAAGUAAUUCGCCGCAACGAAGCCCGAAGGAUCACAAAAUGUAUUCCAAGCCUUCCAAGGACUGUCCGUCGAAGGAUAACAAAUCUGAGUGCAGGCCAGCCAAGGACUAUCCCCUGAAGAAUGACGAAUGGAAACGAAAUUCCGACGAAAAUCCUAGAACCAAUUUGUACGACACCGUGAAAUCUAGGAGACGGCAGGCGGCGGCGAAACAGUCGAUAGAAAAACCGCGAGAAACUCGCAGAUCGACGCCGACAUCUCCUCGGGACAGAAACAAAACGUCCAACGGUUACGCCAGAGGUUUGCCCGAUUUGAGCGAAGCGUGCACAAGGACGCCGCCGCCGCCUCGCGAUCGAGGCAAGGCUUCGGGCGUGUUCGAAAGCAGCUUGGACGAUUUGAAAAUGAAAAUUUCCGUCACUAAGGGCGCCGCCAAGCACGCCAACAACAACAGCGAGUUCGAUCGAUUGAGGAGAGAAGGGAACAAAAAUCCUUAUUUCAAACCUGACAACAGUCACAAUACUGUGCAGAGAAAUCUACACCACGAGUCACCUCAUCGAAAUAACCACAAAUCCUCGAACAAUACCCAUAAUAAUAGAGAUGGCAGAAGAACGGAAUCUUCUAACAGUUAUUAUUGGAGUCCAAAUGAAGUUUCUUCGAGAAAUUCGAGUCAUUCAAAUCGCAAACAGCCUUGCGAGAUCAUCCACGAUGAGUCCAACAUACCAAAAUCGCCAAUCCCUGAACAGAGCGGGACCACCACUUUUAGUAACAACUAUAUCGAAAAGAGUUGUUCGGAAAGUCAAAUUAAAGUGUUCGAAGAGUUGCACAAAUUGGUCCAGGAACAGGUGAAGAGGAGUAGGAAGAAUAAUCCGCAUUGGGAUACCUACGUUAAUUGUGAUAGAAGCCAGUAUGAUUAGUAGGAGUUUUUUAAUUUUUGCAAUGUUUGGUACAAUAUUUGUCUGAAAUAUUUUCUAAUCAAUUUAAGAUAUGCCAGAACGUGUAAUGCUGUGCAAGCGUAUUUCGCAAAAAGUGCUAUAAGUUCAUAUGUGAUUCAAAAAUUUUUAAAUAGGAAUAAGCCUUAAGUUAAUUUAUAAGUUAGUGAUAAGUGCAAAAGUGUAAAUUUCGAUUAGGAUUGUAUAUAAUUAUCUAACGUGUAAUAUAAACUUAGUAAUAGGCAACGUGUAAAAAGUAAUUUAAUAAACAAUUGUCACAUU